AUGCAGCUCGGACUCAUCCUCUGGCUCCUUGUCGGCCUUGCCAGCAGUCUCCAGUUCAUUCCUGCAAGCAGUCCUUUCAUCCACUACGUCGGCCGCUGGACCUCCACGCCCAACCAGCUACGAAGAGAUGGAACCUUCCCUGGCGUCUACCUCGACCUCAACAUCACAAACACAACGACCCUCCUCCUCGCCCUGUCCAACCUCCCCGCCUCCCACCUCGCCUCCUCGUCCACCUCCGCUCAACCCUCCCAUACAGCCACACAUCGCCUCGCCCACCUCACCUUCACCAAGUCCUCCCGCCUCGCUAUCCCCGCGGCCCCCGUCUCGCUCCUCGCACGCGUCGAUGACGAGGAGUAUGUCUUGCUGCCCAAUGCGUCUGGACUCGUGUCUGUAAGGGCGGACCUCGAGAGGGAGGCGUGGCAUGGAGUUAGGGUCAUCGCGCCUAUGGUCGGGGAGAUGGGGGUAGAGGGGGGGAUGGUGGGGUUUGAGGGGGUGUGGGUUGAUGAGGGCGGGAAGCUGCUGAGGGUUGCGGGCGUGGGUGGUGUUGGGGCUGGCGAGGGUGGAGGGGAGAGUGCUGAGGUGGAUGAGGGGGAUGCGGGUGCAGGGUUGGACGGACAGGCAUCCAGCGCUAUGGUCACGAAGCCGAGAAAGAAACUCAUCGAAAUCAUCACCGACUUUCCUGGUGGCGAGAGCAGGACGCCUGGCUCCGCGAAUGGCUUGCUGGCCGGUGUGAUGGGCUGGGAGUAUUUGCUGGGUGAGGUGUUUGGGGUUGAUCAUGUCAGCAUCGCCGUGGAUGGGAUGUGUCUUACGCAGGACUGUAUCGGGGGUGUGGGGAGCCCGGCUGGGAUUGGGGAUGUGGUGUUCAGGAGUGGACCUGUGGGAUCUCGGCACUUUCAGCAUACGUGGAUGUUUCAGGAGUACGUACCGGAUGUUAUCCUCCUCAACCUCGGCACUACCGACAACGCCUCCUUCACCACCCACGUCGCCGCCUACAACACAACCGCCUGGGCCCUAACCACGGCCUUCGAAGACACUUACGUCUCGCUCAUCAAAGCGCUGCGCGCGCUCGCCUAUCCAGUACACCCAGCAGCGCUGCAACCGAGCUCCCAAGCGUAUCUCGAUAAUGCCGACGCGCCCCCCGUAAUCCCGAUCUUCGUCAUGAGGCCGUUCAUGGGCGCGAUGGAACAUGCGACUGUGGGCGUCGUGAGGAGGGUCAGGGAGGACGGAGAUGUCGGGGCGUUCUGGCUUGACACGUCGGGGUGGUUGGAGGCGCCGUCAUCAGUUCAUGCCCCUCUCGACGAGGGCACCGAAGGUGUGGUGGGGGCGCGGCGCGCGCCUGACAGCAACGGUAACGGCAACGGUGAUUUCUGGUGGGAUGAAGGUACAGCUGCAGCUACAGAUACGGGUGCAGAUGUAGGAGGGAAAGGCAGGUGGCGUCUCACGCCCCGCGGCAACCAGAAGGCAGCGAUGUAUCUGCACGGGCAUCUAUGCGGGUAUUUGGCGGAGGAGGGAAGCAGGUGUCCAUUCCUGAGGCGUGAGGUUUAUGGAGGAAAGGUGUUUGAUCCGUUGGAGACGAGGUUGGAAAGGGCGGUGCAGCGGGGACGGGAGAAGUGGCUCAGGGAGAGGGUUUGGGGGGUAUGA